AUGAAACAUACCGCGUUUCACUCUCUUACUGAAGCAAGCUUAAGAGCGGCAGCCAAAGUGCAAGGAGAUCGGUGUAUAGAGAGCGUAAGCGACACAACUCGCAGACAGCCAACCAAAGCCAGGCUCAGUGCACCUAAGCAAACCAAACCAGGACAAACACAAGAGAAGAAAGGGGCGCGCGAGGAGCGUACAUGUCCUUAUUGUAAGGAGAUGCCAGUUCCGCAUCGUUUCAGUCAAUGUCCCAUGAAGGCUUCGAAUCAGGCCAAGCAGGUUGAAGAGCAGGUAAAAAAGGACGUGCAAAUAGCAAAAUUGUCCAUUACCUCCGGCAAGAUAGAAGACAUCACAGAAGGUGAGGAACACUGA